GUAGCAGGUCACCAUCAGACGAAACAUGCUUCUGCUGGCAGCCGUGUACGCAGUGACAGUGCCAGUGCUGGCAGUGCUGAGUGUCUUCUACGCCGUGGCACUGUCGUGGAAGUUGUGCGUUUGGGUGGCACUGCGAUGCCGCCACGGGCGCUCGGCGGCCGUGCUUUCCGGCGCCGACGCCAUCUCCCAGUUUCCGCUGCUGCGCGUGAACGAGGCCGCCAACAACAUGGUUGUGCGGAUCGCGGGUCGCGUGUCACUGCCUGACCUCAGGCGCAGGUUCCGCGAGAACCUGCUGGACGUGAAGCGGCCCAAUGGGGCCUGGAAGCACCCCAAGUUGAGGCAGUAUUUCACCGAGUUCCUGGGACUCCAUGUGGCCCUGCCGGACCCGGAGUUUGAGUUUGAACCCCACUUUGACUACUACUAUGACUCGGGGGAGACUCCAGUGACUUACCGAGACGAGCGGGACUUGUCCAUGAUCGUGGAGGACCUGGUGAACGCCCAGCACUGGGAGCGCCCCACGAUGGCGCCGUGGCGCAUUUUCCUCUUGCCGCGGCGCGACGAGCAGGAGCACGUGCUGCUGGUGAAGGCGGACCACGCCAUUUUCGACGCCGGGGCGGCGGUCAUGGUUCUCUUCCCGAGCAUCGCCGACGGGGACGCCGCCGCAAAAGACCUGUUCCGCAACAUGGCCCACGUGUCCCGGUGGCGUCGGGCAUGGCUGCAUUUCCGCGGCCUCAUGAUCCUGCCCUUCGGCACGCUCAUGCAGUUCUUCAACGAGCCCGACUGGAAUCCCAUUCACAGACAUGAUCGGAACUCGAAAGAAGGCAAGUUCGUGGCGUUUCCACAAGUGGUGCCACUCUGGCGCCUCAACGACAUUCGACACGCCACUGACGUGAAGAUCAACAGCAUAGUGCUGACGUGCGUGUCGCGAGCAGUGUGUCGCUUCGUCGAGCAUCGCUUCGGGUCCUCGUCGACGUCGUCGGUCAUCGACGGCUCAUCGGAAAAGCCCUGGACGUGGACGUGUCACCAGCCCGUGUCCAUGUGGAUGCCUGGCGACAGUCCUGAACUAGUCAACAGGAUUUCUGCAGUUGCCACGCCUUUGCCAAUGACGACUACGGUGACGGGUUCGGAGGGUUCUGCGCCAGUUGUCGAGCCCAUCACCAGGCUCACAUCCACAGAACACCUGCAGAUUGUGAAGGAGCAAAUGGCCCGAGUGUUCGUUGCGGACGCGAUUUGGUCAGGGUACACAUUUUUGCGGUUAGGGAUCAACACGGUGCCCAAGUGGGUGACAGUGCCCCUGGCAAGACGCAGUUUCACGCACCCUACCCUGGGGCUGAGCAACGUGCGCUGCGCGGAAGCCGGAUACACUGUGUUCGGACAUCCGGUCACGCUCAUCACGGGCUUCCUGCCGCUCAUCAAGACCUGGGAUCUGGGCGUAGUGGUCACCAGCUAUAACGGGGACAUGGCCAUCACUGUCACGGGCAGGAAGUCGGCCUUUUCAAGCGCGGAAGAGAUGAAGCAGAUACAAUCCUACAUCAUGGAGGAAAUAGACGAUCUUCAUCGGAUGGCGAAGCAGUUGGUAGCCAGCAAGAACAAUACAUUACCUGAUGCGGAACAGACCGUGAAUAAAAUCUCGGUCUGAAAAUAUCCGCUGAAUUCCAGAGGAAUUGAGCAAGAUUCUCCAAAAGUUCGUCGGCUCAUUUUCCAGCCGAUUUGUGAUGGAAGCAUUUGAGUAUAAACGCAGAUCAUUCCGAGCGUUGAGAGUUGAGCCAAAAUUGUUUCAACAAAAUUUAACCAGUCCAGAGGCUUUACAUACUUGUAAGUUUGGAAUACGUGCAGAAUUUUGAGAAAAUUUCCGCAACAGCUGUUAGUUGGAACAUUGCAUUUUUUUAUCACUAACAGCAGAGUUCAAGAGAGACGCUUUACAAGUUUUGACAGUAACUCCACUCAGAAAAAUUCAUUCGGGUGCCCAAAUAUCCUAUUCCCAGAAUCUUCCAACCCAUUAGUAUAAAAAUUAAAACUUGAAGAAUUAACUCAAUCGUACCCAAACCGAAAAUUUCGCGGAUCACACAUUUAGCAUUGCUCACAGAAAAAUGAAAAUUUUUCGUUUGAACAGGAUCAUAAAAUCUGUGGAAUUCCCAUAUUUUUCAACCAUUGCCUGUGAAUUCAUUAAAAAAAAGUGUAACGCUAACCUUGCCUUCUCAGAGUGAACUGCUUGAAUUAUGUUUUUUCGUUAUUUAAAACUAUGUCAAGAAAUCAAAUAAAUACUACCGAACUUCCAAAAAAUGUACGCUGAUUAAUCGAUCAUCUUAUCAAUAAAUACAAUAAAUUGACUUGAAUCAAUAAAAAAGCGUCAAAACCUGCUCGGAACCAAUGUUUUUUGAAUUGUUACAGGGGUUGCGGGGCCACGUUUUCACCUCUGCGUAGUCGCAAUCUUUGGGGUCAAGUUUUUUUUUUAAUCCGAAAAUGUCGCCAUUUUUAUCGCACGAGCGUUCUGAAAUGAAGAAGACCAAUUUUCAAGAAAACA